AUGCACCCCAAGAACCCCCACGCGCCCACCAUGCACUUCAACUACAGGUACUUUGAGACCGAGGAGUGGAACGGCAUCCCUGGGCAGUGGUGGUUUGGCGGCGGCACCGACAUCACCCCUAACUUUGUGGUGGAGGAGGACAUGCGCCACUUCCACGGCACCUACAAGGAGGUGUGCGACCGCCACGACCCUGCCUGGUACCCCAAGUUCAAGAAGUGGUGCGACGAGUACUUCCUUAUCGGCCACCGCGGGGAGACGCGCGGCCUGGGGGGCAUCUUCUUUGACGACCUCAACGACCGCGACCCCGACAAGAUCUUCGCGUUCUCCACUGAGGCCGCCAACAGCGUGGUGAAGGCGUACACGCCGCUGGUUGUUCGCCACAAGGACGACCCCUACACUGAGCAGGAGAAGGCCUGGCAGCAGGUCCGCCGCGGCAGGUGA